AGGCUGGAGUGCAGUGGCAUCUCAGCUCAUUGCAGCUUGCAGCUUCCACCUCCUGAGUUUGAGCGAUUCUUGUGCGUCAGCCUCCCGAGUAGCUGGGAUUUCAGGUGUGUGUCACCAUGCCUGGCUAAUUUUUGUAAUUUUAGUACAGAUGGAGUUUCACCAUAUUGGCCAUCCUGGCCUCAAGUGAUCAUCCCGCCUCACCCUCCCAAAGUGCAGGGAUUACAGGCAUGCACCAUCGUGCCCGGCUCACACUGUUUUUGUUUUUGUCAGAGGAUCUUGCUUUGUCACCCAGGCUGUGCAGUGACACAGUCACAGCUCACUGUGGCCUGACUUCCUGGGCUCAAGCAAUCCUCCUACCUCAGCUUCCCAAGUAGCUGGGACCACAGGCAAGCACCACUCACCUGCCUGAUUUACUUUUUUUCUUGUAGAGAUGGGAUCUUCCCAUGCUACCCGGGCUGGUCUCAAACUCCUGUGCUCAAGCGAUCCUCCUGCCUCAGCCUCCCAAAGUGCUGGCAUUGCAGGCAUGAGCCACUGCCCUUGGCCCUGUACACAUUUUGUACACUGUACUUUAUUUCACCAACUUGAAGCUUGCUCCGAUUAUGUGGUGCUUCCAUACUCUCCUUGGUACUCAGCUGGUAGAACCUCCCAGAUGUAUCUACCUCAUCCCCCUUGGAUGGACAGUUAGGGGGAUCUCCAGUGUUUUGCUGCUGCAAAGGACACUGCAAGUGAUAGCCUUGUGCACAUGACUCUGGGCCCAGGUCAUAGGGCACAUGUAAUUUGCAUUUGGGUCCAUACUGCCAGAAAGCUCUCCAAAGAGGUGGUACCGGUUUACCCUCCCAUCCCCAACUAGAUUGGGUACCUCUUUCCCCAUGCCCUCAUCAGCCAGGCAGAUGCUCUGUACCAAGAAAACCAAACAGCUGCUUCCCUUAAAAAUACUCACGGGCCUGGCCUUGUGUGGGGAUCUGAGUCCAGCCCUGCACCCGUGAGCAACAGCAUGACCUCAGGCAAUAGGCUUCACCCCUGUGGGCCUCAGUUUCCUCAUCUGUAAAAUAGUGGUGAUUGAAUUGUGGUGAGGAUCUAUGGAUCCAAAUACCUAGGACAGUGCCUGGAACAUCACAGUACCAGGUGAGAAGUGGCUGUUCUUGAAUCUGAAUGAGUCUUGUACCCCAUGACUGAUGGGGGCCCAGCCUCUAGGAUGGAUGCUCAGGCCUCAGACCUGUGUUUUGGGAGGGGAAGAGCAAUGUGGGGAAUUACCAAGGGGAAAGGGUGGGAUUAGCUUAUCCCAGCUUCCCACUGUGUCAGUGGGGAAACUGAGGCCCAGAAAGGCCUUGAAGUGAUUGCCAGCUCAGCAGCACGAAACUGCUCUGUAUCCAUGCAUUGCUGUCAGGAACAAGUGCUGCAUGGAGAGUCUGGAGGGUUGCUCAGGCCACUGCAGGGCCUGAGGUCUGAGAAAGAGGGCUUGGGGACACACAGUCAGAGCCUUGUCCUGAAGUCCUGGAGGGCCCUCCUUGGACAGGACAGAGUUUGUAUUCUCUCUCUGAGCCCAGCCUCAGCAGGACCCAGAGUCUUCCAGAGCUGAGAUCUUGCCACACCAGCUACAGUCACAGACCUGCCACAAUGGCCUGACCUGGGAGUCCCUUACAACUGCAGGACCCCAGGCCCAAGCAACCCACUGCGUCAGAAUCUGCAUCUCAGCAAGAUGUACACGUGAAUGUUUGAGGCACACUGAGGCUCAGCUAGGAAUGAUACCCUCCCUGCCUGGGGGUACAGGCCACUGCUCUGGGGGCAGACCUCAAUCCUCAGCCUCUGAAUGCCCUUCCCAGCUCUGUCGCAGACACACAUAGCUUCCUGGGAGGCACAAAAAGUACAAGACUUGACCUGGCUCCCCGUGAACUGGUGGCCCUGGAAGUUGCUACGCUUUAUGGAGCCUCUGCCAGCUACCAAGCACAUUAUCCCAUUUAGUCUCACAGCAGCCCUGGAAGUUUACUGUUUAGAGAACCUUGCAGCUUGGGCACACAAAGCACAGAGAGGAUAAGUAAAUUGCCCAAGGUCACCCAGCAUAUAGGUAUGCAGGAGCUGGGAUUUGAAUCCAGAGCUGUCCCCAGCACCAGAAUCUAGCCGUUUACAGUUAGAGUGGGCUUGGGGGCAGAUGGUGGCUCCUCUCACCCUCCAAUCAGCCCCAGCCCCUGUGAGUCCUCACAGUUGGUCGGCCUGGCCAUAGUGAAUCUGACCUCUCAAGAGCCUCCCUUUCUGGAGCACAGGCCUGUGAUUCUCCAUGGAGAGCCAGCCAAGAGGGAUUCUCCUAUAACUUUCCAGAACACAGCAGUUCUGCGGUCAGGCCAAGCUAGCUAUGUACAGCUGGAAGAGGCUCUCUCCCCCAGAUGCUGAGUGCCUGGAAGCCAAGAGGGAGGGAGUUCUGGAAGGGUCUGGAGCAGCUGGAGGUGAGGCCUGAGGGGGCUGGGGCGGGGCCUGGGAGGAGGGGCCAGCACACAGAGUAUAAUGAACUGCAGAAAGUAUUCUUUUCAUCCUGGGAGAAAAACAAGAGUGUUGAUCAAAACAGCUGGACCCAAGGCCCAGACAGUUGCCGUCACCUGAUUUUUACUCUUAAACAUGUUCGAGUUUCAUGGCCAUUUGGAAGAGAGAGAAAGAAGUCAGCCAAUUGUCCAUUCAGACACAAGACAACACAGCAGCUGAAAACCAAAGGCAAAAAUAUUUUCCAUCCUUAGGAAAGCCUCUCAGGCAUCCCCAGGCCUGCCUCUGGAGCAGCAGCUGGCUGGUGGCUGGCUCUCCCCGAAGGUCAGUGCUUCUGGUUAGCAGGGUGCGUGCCUGGGGGGCUGGCCAGGAUCCACCCCCACCUAUGCAGAGCUGGGGGCCCUGGGCCAGCCAUCCAAGGCCCGCAGGAAAUGGAAGCUCCCUUCCUGGCAUGAGGGCAGCCGGGCCACCUGGGAGGCCAGGACAGCAUGGGCUCCAUAGUUCCCUGUCUUGAGACCCCAGCCCUUGAUUUCAAAACAGGAGCGAUUAGUCUGUUAUUGGGAAGGGGGAUAUAACUGCCCAAAGCUCUUAGGCCCUGGGUGGAUUUCAUUUUUUCAGCAUAACAGUAGCUCCACACAGUUGAAGAGUGUGGCACAUGGCCACACGGGGUUUAUUUGGUCUACAGCUGAACAAGAGCCAUGCGGACUUAGGCCUCAUUACCAUCAUUCUGCAGCCCCAGGAGGCAAAGUCCCACAUGGAAACCCUUCAUAGGUAGCCUGGCCAAGUGGGUGGCAGGGAAUCAGUGAUGGUAGGCCAUGGGACUUCUCUCUAGUGCCCUCUUCACCCUUUUCUUUCUUUUUUUUUUUUUUUUGAGACAGAGUUUCACUCUUGUCCCCAGGCUGGAGUGCAGUGGUGCAACCUCAGCUCACUGCAACCUCCGCCUCCCAGGUUUAAGCAACUCUCCUGCCUCAGCCUCAUGGGUAGCUGGAAUUACAGGCUUGCACUACCACAUCCGGCUAACUUUUGUAUUUUUACUACAGACGGGGUUUCACCAUGUUGGCCAGGCUGGUCUCAAACUCCUGACCUCAAAUGAUCCACCCCUCUCAGCUUCCCAAAGUGCUAGGAUUACAGGCGUGAACCACCUCGUCCAGCCACCCACCCUUUUCUUCUCCCAAGAAAACCAGUUUUCUGAAAUUUUCAGAGGAAACCAGGACCUCCUUGCCCAUGUCUUGCACCCCGGGGUGCCUGUACUCACAAUAGCCCCACAGGCCUCUCCCUGAUGCCCAGAUUGAUCCCACCCGAAGGGCCCAGGACAGGGGGACCAGGAAGGACCCCUUCCUCUCUCUGGAGCUCAGUCCAUGUCUGUGAAAUGACGGGUGAUGUCACCUCCCAGAAGGGUAAUUUGAGGGUUCGGGGCCAGAGAGCAUCAGCCUUUGAGGGUGCUGCAGUUAAGCGGCUCCAGCAGACCUCCAGAUCUGAGGGAAGCCCAACUCCAGAUCUAGCUGGCUGGGAGAAGCCCCUUGAGAGUCCCCACUCUGUAGUGCUGGGCUCUGCGUUUGCUUAGGAGGCCCUGUCCCUGUCUCUCCCCUUCUGGGCCAGCCUUGCCUCCUGGAUUCGCUGCUGUAUUCCUCAGGCAUCCUCACCCCUUCCCCUCCCAGGAGCUCAGAACCUGCCAGGCUUCUUACCUCUGCAGGAAUCUCCACCCCCUCACCAGAGGCUGCCCUCUUGUGGUAGGGGCCCAGCCCUUGAGGCCUAUCUCCUCCAGCCCCGCUAAGCCACAGAGAGAACAUCUCAGGUUCCCAAACAGACGGUGUUCUUCCUGGUCACCAAACUAGGCAGCUCCUGGUGGCUUGAAUGCCCUGCUCCUUUCUUCUUGGCCCACCACUUCCUCCAGUCUUCCCUUCUCCAUGCUGCAGCAGGGAGUCUUAAGGAGGGAGGGGCUCCAGGGCCCUAUGCUGUGGGUCUCCAGGAUUGGGCACCAAACAGUGGAAAAUGUCAAGUGAGGGAGGGAUCCAGUCAAAGCCCCAGGGGGGCCUCUGAGCUCAGCCAGCUCCUCUGCUGCUCCCCACCUCCGUGGGGAAAGACAGGCUGGGGUUUGGAUGGGUGGCCUUUUGGAGAGCAGGGUAAUGGGAGCAGACUUGAACUUCCUGUGGCCUCAUUCCCUGGCUGGGGGCGGAGGGUAGUCGGAGCUGCUGGCCUGGGGCGCUGGGCCGCAGGGGAAGGGGCUGGGAGGGAGGGUUCUGCGUUAGUGUAUUGGGAGGGGGAGCCUGAAAACAGAGGACAGCGGCACUAAACUGCCUUCGGGGAGUCCCCACUGCGCGCUCCUGGCACUUUCCCAGCCCCCUAGCGCGGUCGCAGGCACGGGUGGGUCUGCCUCAAAGUUGUUGGUUCGGCCAGCCCACUGCUGUUUAAAUGGUGUGUUUGUUUGGAGUGGCUUAGGGAGGCAACUGGAAAUUGGGGGCGGGUAGCGCCCCACUUGGCGCCACCAAUGUCGGAGGGUCCGCGUGUUAGAAGCCCCAGCUUCCUAAAUGACUGAAGAAGGGUGGGUGGGCAAUGAGGAGGGAAGACUGAAAACCAACGUGGGGCUCCAGGGCCCGGGCCGGCCGCCCCCUUUUUGCGGGGGGAGAGCAAGAGCCGCCUCUCGCAGCCACUCUUCGCGCGGGGUGGGAGGGAGAGAGGGAGGCGAGGGGACGACAGCGCCGGGCUCCCCGCCCCCAUCCCACCCGGUUCCAAUAUUUCGCAGAAAGGCACGCGGCUCCUAAUCGGUCCUUUCCAGGCUGAGAUUUAGCCGCGCGAUGCUCGCGCAGGGGCGGGGGCCGCGGGCCGGGGGAGGUGCUCAGAGUCCGGAGCCGCCGAGCGAGAGACACGGAGAGGUGGUGAUGCUUUUUGUUCAGUGGUGAAUAAAGUGAUCUAAAAAAAAAAUUACUGUCCACAAGAGACUUACCAGUACAGAGCUGAUAACAGGUGCUGCUGUCUCGUGUUCCUGAGAGUCAGAGGAGGGGACGUUUUAUGUCUACGGUGGCUUGGCAGCCCCUAAUCGACGUCUGCUGGAAGGAACAGACAGAUUCCAGAUGGCGUGGCAGUGAUCGAGGAGAUAACCAGCCCGAGUCAUGCAGUCUUUUCGAGAAAGGUGUGGUUUCCAUGGCAAACAACAGAACUACCAGCAGACCUCACAGGAAACAUCACGCCUGGAGAAUUACAGGCAGCCGAGUCAGGCCGGGCUAAGCUGCGACCGGCAGCGGCUGCUCGCCAAGGACUAUUAUAACCCGCAGCCUUACCCGAGCUACGAGGGUGGCGCUGGCACGCCCUCUGGCACAGCAGCCUCGGUGGCUGCUGACAAGUACCACCGAGGCAGCAAGGCCCUGCCCACACAGCAGGCCCUGCAGGGGAGGCCGGCUUUCCCCAGCUACAGCGCCCAGGACAGCAGCCCUUACCCAGGCCGCUAUGCUGGUGAGGAGAGCCUGCAGGCUUGGGGGGCCCCGCAGCCACCACCCCCACAGCCGCAGCCCCUGCCAUCAGGAGUGGGCAAGUAUGAUGAGAACUUAAUGAAAAAGACAGCAGUGGCCCCCAGCAGGCAGUAUGCAGAGCCGGGCGCCCAGGUGCCCUUUCGGACUCACUCCCUGCACGUCCAGCAGCCACCACUGCCCCAGCAGCCCCUGGCAUACCCCAAGCUGCAAAGGCAGAAGCUGCAGAAUGACAUUGCCUCCCCUCUGCCUUUCCCCCAGGGCACCCACUUUCCCCAGCAUUCCCAGUCCUUCCCCACCUCCUCCACCUAUUCCUCCUCCGUCCAGGGCGGUGGGCAGGGGGCCCAUUCGUAUAAGAGCUGCACGGCGCCAACUGCCCAGCCCCACGAUAGGCCGCUGACUGCCAGCUCCAGCCUGGCCCCAGGGCAGCGGGUCCAGAAUCUUCACGCCUACCAGUCGGGCCGCCUCAGCUACGACCACCAGCAGCAGCAGCAGCAGCAGCAGCAGCAGCAGCAGCAGCAAGCUCUUCAGAGCCGGCACCAUGCCCAGGAAACCCUCCAUUACCAAAACCUCGCCAAGUAUCAGCACUACGGGCAGCAAGGCCAGGGCUACUGCCAGCCGGAUGCAGCGGUCCGGACCCCGGAGCAGUACUACCAGACCUUCAGCCCCAGCUCCAGCCACUCGCCUGCCCGCUCCGUGGGCCGUUCACCCUCCUACAGCUCCACUCCAUCUCCACUGAUGCCAAACCUGGAGAACUUCCCCUACAGCCAGCAGCCGCUGAGCACAGGGGCCUUUCCCUCGGGGAUCACAGACCACAGCCACUUCAUGCCCCUGCUCAACCCCUCCCCGACAGAUGCCACCAGCUCUGUGGACACCCAGGCCGGCAAUGGCAAGCCGCUGCAGAAGGACAAGCUCCCCGAGAACCUGCUGUCGGAUCUCAGCCUGCAGAGCCUCACAGCGCUGACCUCACAGGUGGAGAACAUUUCUAGCACUGUCCAGCAGCUGCUGCUCUCCAAGGCUGCCGUGCCACAAAAGAAAGGCGUCAAGAACCUCGUGUCCAGGACCCCGGAGCAGCACAAAAGCCAGCACUGCAGCCCCGAAGGCAGUGGCUACUCGGCCGAGCCCGCGGGCACACCGCUGUCGGAGCCGCUGAGCAGUACGCCACAGUCCACGCACGCUGAGCCGCAGGAGGCCGACUACCUGAGCGGCUCCGAGGACCCGCUGGAGCGCAGCUUCCUCUACUGCAGCCAGGCCCGUGGCAGCCCUGCCAGGGUUAACAACUCGAAGGCCAAGCCUGAGUCCGUGUCCACUUGUUCUGUGACCUCUCCUGACGACAUGUCCACCAAAUCUGACGAUUCCUUCCAGAGCCUGCACAGCAGUCUGCCGCUCGACAGCUUCUCCAAGUUCGUGGCGGGUGAGCGGGACUGUCCGAGGCUGCUGCUAAGCGCCCUGGCACAGGAGGACCUGGCCUCCGAGAUCCUGGGGCUGCAGGAAGCCAUCGGCGAGAAGGCCGAAAAAGCUUGGGCCGAAGCGCCCAGCCUGGCCAAGGACAGCAGCAAGCCACCCUUCUCGCUGGAGAACCACAGUGCCUGCCUGGACUCUGUGGCCAAGGGCGCGUGGCCCCGGCCUGGGGAGCCAGAGGCCCUGCCCGACCCCUUGCAGCUGGACAAGGGUGGCACCACCAAGGACUUCAGCCCAGGGCUGUUUGAAGACCCUUCCAUGGCCUUCGCUACCCCUGACCCCAAAAAGACAACUGGUCCUCUCUCCUUUGGCACCAAGCCCACCCUUGGGGCUGCGGCUCCAGACCCUACCACAGCAGCUUUUGACUGUUUUCCGGACACGACUGCUGCCAGCUCAGCAGACAGUGCUAACCCCUUUGCCUGGCCAGAGGAAAACCUGGGGGAUGCUUGUCCCAGGUGGGGAUUGCACCCCGGCGACCUCACCAAGGGCCUGGAGCAGGGUGGGAAGGCCUCGGACGGUGUCAGCAAAGGGGACGCCCAUGAGGCUUCGGCCUGCCUGGGCUUCCAGGAGGAGGAGCCCCCUGGGGAGAAGGUGGUCUCCUUGCCCGGGGACUUCAAGCAGGAGGAGCCAGGUGGGGUGAAGGAGGAGGCAGGGGGGCUACUGCAGUGCCCUGAGGUGGGCAAGGCUGAUCGGUGGCUGGAGGACAGCCGGCACUGCUGUUCCACGGCCGACUUUGGGGACCUCCCGCUGCUGCCACCCACUAGCAGGAAGGAGGACCUGGAGGCUGAGGAGGAGUACUCCUCCCUGUGUGAGCUCCUGGGCAGCCCCGAGCAGAGGCCUGGCAUGCAGGACCCGCUGUCGCCCAAGGCCCCGCUCAUCUGCACCAAGGAGGAGGUGGAGGAGGUGUUGGACUCCAAGGCCAGCUGGGGCUCCCCGUGCCACCUCUCAGGGGAGUCUGUCAUCCUGCUGGGCCCCACUGUGGGCACCGAGUCAAAGGUCCAGAGCUGGUUUGAGUCUUCUCUGUCCCACAUGAAGCCAGGUGAAGAGGGGCCUGAUGGGGAGCGAGCUCCAGGGGAUUCUGCGACCUCGGACACCUCUCUGGCCCAGAAGCCCAACAAGCCUGCUGUGCCUGAGGCACCCAUUGCGAAGAAAGAGCCUGUGCCACGGGGCAAAAGCUUACGGAGCCGGCGGGUGCACCGGGGGCUGCCUGAGGCCGAGGACUCCCCAUGCAGGGCACCUGCGCUGCCCAAAGACCUCUUGCUCCCUGAAUCCUGCACAGGGCCCCCGCCAGGACAGAUGGAAGGGUCUGGAGCCCCAGGCCGGGGGGCCUCGGAGGGGCUCCCCAGGAUGUGUACUCGUUCUCUCACGGCCCUGAGUGAGCCCCGCACACCCGGGCCCCCAGGCCUGACCACCACCCCAGCACCCCCAGACAAACUGGCGGGCAAGCAGCGAGCCGCCUUCAAGUCCGGCAAGCGGGUGGGAAAGCCCUCACCCAAGGCCGCCUCCAGCCCCAGCAACCCGGCUGCCCUGCCUGUGGCCUCCGACAGCAGUCCCAUGGGCUCCAAGACCAAGGAGACAGACUCACCUGGCACACCUGGCAAGGACCAGCGCUCCAUGAUCCUUCGGUCACGCACCAAAACCCAGGAGAUCUUCCACUCCAAGCGGCGGAGACCCUCUGAAGGCCGGCUCCCCAACUGCCGGGCCACCAAGAAGCUCCUAGACAACAGCCACUUGCCUGCCACGUUCAAGGUCUCCGGCAGCCCCCAGAAGGAGGGCAGGGUAAGCCAGCGGGCCAGGGUCCCCAAGCCUGGUGCAGGCAGCAAGCUCUCUGACCGGCCCCUCCAUGCGCUCAAAAGGAAGUCUGCCUUCAUGGCGCCGGUCCCCACCAAGAAGCGGAACCUGGUCUUGCGGAGCCGCAGCAGCAGCAAUGCCAGCGGCAAUGGGGGAGAUGGGAAGGAGGAGAGGCCCGAGGGCUCCCCGACCCUCUUCAAGAGGAUGUCUUCUCCCAAGAAAGCCAAGCCCACCAAGGGCAACGGUGAGCCCGCCACAAAGCCCCCACCCCCCGAGGCCCCCGAUGCCUGCCUUAAGCUUGCCUCUCGGGCGGCCUUCCAGGGGGCCAUGAAGACCAAGGUGCUGCCACCCCGGAAGGGCCGGGGCCUGAAGCUGGAAGCCAUUGUGCAGAAGAUCACCUCGCCCAGCCUCAAGAAGUUUGCAUGCAAAGUGCCAGGGCCCGCUCCUGGUAAUCCUCUGAGCCCAUCCUUUCCUGAGAAGGACCGUGGGCUCAGAGGUGCUGGGGGCAGCCCGGUGGGGGCAGAAGAAGGCCUGAUCAAUGUGGGCACUGGGCAGAAGCUCCCAGCUGCUUCUGUUGCAGAUCCAUUAUGCAGAAAUCUGACCAACAGAUCCUUAAAAGGCAAACUCAUGAACAGUAAGAAACUGUCUUCGACGGACUGUUUCAAAACUGAGGCCUUCACGUCCCCGGAGGCCCUGCAGCCCGGGGGGACUGCCCUGGCACCUAAGAAGAGAAGCCGGAAAGGCCGGGCUGGAGCCCUUGGGCUCUCCAAAGGACCCCUGGAGAAGCGGCCCUAUCUUGGCCCGGCUCUGCUCCUGACUCCCCGAGACAGGGCUGGCGGCACCCAGGGGGCCGGCGAGGACAACUGUGGCGGAGGAGGCAAGAAGCCAAAGAUGGAGGAGCUGGGCCUGGCCUCCCAGUCCCCUGAGAGCAGGCCCUGCCAGCCUCAGACAAGGGCACAGAAACAGCCAGGCCAUGCCAACUACAGCAGCUAUUCUAAGCGGAAGCGCCUCACUCGGGGCCGGGCCAAGAACACCACCUCUUCACCCUGCAAGGGGCGAGCCAAGCGGCGGCGGCAGCAGCAGGUAUUGCCCCUGGAUCCCGCAGAGCCUGAAAUCCGCCUCAAGUACAUUUCCUCAUGCAAGCGGCUAAGGUCAGACAGCCGGAUCCCCGCCUUCUCACCCUUCGUGCGCGUGGAGAAGCGAGACGCGUUCACCACCAUAUGCACUGUUGUCAACUCCCCUGGAGAUGCACCCAAGCCCCACAGGAAACCUUCUUCCUCUGCCUCCUCUUCUUCAUCCUCAUCCUUGUUUUCCUUGGAUGCAGCUGGGGCCUCCUUGGCCACGCUUCCUGGAGGCUCCAUCCUGCAGCCUCGGCCCUCCCUGCCCCUCUCCUCCACGAUGCACCUGGGGCCUGUGGUUUCCAAGGCCCUGAGUACCUCUUGCCUUGUUUGCUGCCUCUGCCAAAACCCGGCCAACUUCAAGGACCUUGGGGACCUCUGUGGGCCCUACUAUCCUGAACACUGCCUCCCCAAAAAGAAGCCAAAACUCAAGGAGAAGGUGCGGCCGGAAAGCACCUGCGAGGAAACCUCGCUGCCACUCGAGAGAACACUCAAAGGCCCUGAGUGCGCAGCUGCCGCCACUGCGGGGAAGCCCCCCAGGCCUGAUGGCCCAGCCGACCUGGCCAAGCAGGGCCCACUGCGCACCAGUGCCCGGGGCCUGUCCCGGAGGCUGCAGAGCUGCUACUGCUGUGAUGGCCGAGAGGACGGGGGCGAGGAGGCAGCCCCAGCCGACAAGGGCCGAAGACAUGAGUGCAGCAAGGAGGCCCCGGCAGAGCCCGGCGGGGAGGCCCAGGAGCACUGGGUGCACGAGGCCUGCGCUGUGUGGACCGGUGGCGUCUACCUGGUGGCCGGGAAGCUCUUUGGGCUGCAGGAGGCCAUGAAGGUGGCCAUGGACAUGAUAUGUUCCAGCUGCCAAGAAGCCGGGGCCACCAUUGGGUGCUGCCACAAAGGAUGCAUCCACACCUAUCACUACCCGUGUGCCAGCGAUGCAGGUUGCAUAUUCAUCGAAGAGAACUUUUCUUUGAAAUGUCCCAAACAUAAGAGGCUGCCGUUGUAAUCCACCCCAACGGCUGGAGGAGCCGCCGGAGCCCGCCUGCCCGCCCGCCGCCGAAGGAGAGGAGCCGCCUGCGCAGCCCCCGGGCCAUUGAGCUGCUCCCAGCGCGGGUCCAGAGCCGAUCCUUGAUCCGGGUCCCGGAUCCUGGAUCCGGCUGCUUAGGGCUCAGACUUGCGGCCCGGGUUGGGAGGAAAACCCGUUCCGGAGCUGCCUGCUCCGGGAACCGGACGUCACAGGGCCUUCUUGCCCACCCCAGGGGCCAGGCUUGCAGAGGUGGAGCCCGCCGAGUGGCCAGACUCCCCGGGACGCUCAGCCUCUGGCGGGGAUGGGAAACGGCUUUGGUCUGGGGACGGUUUUCCCCUCCGGAAUCUCAAGACGACGUGGCACACAUUACACGUGGGUGCUGCCUCCACCCAGUCGGUCGUGGCGUGCAGCUGGGAGCCCUGGGCUUGGGGGUGGGGGUCGAAACAGUCCUGGAAGAGGCGGAGGGCGGUUCCUAGCUCUGUGGACGAGGCGGGGGAGAAAGAAAGCCUUUCUGGGAGCCGGCUAGACCGGCGCGGGAGGGGCCGGAGCCUUUGGAACAAACCGUGCGGAACGCGUCCGGGGCCCUUCCCGCACAGCCUUUGCCAGAUCUUUCGUGCGGUUCGGGCAAAGCCGGGGUAGUCCUGGGCUAUGCUCAGGGGUUGUGAACGCCCCGAAUAUGGGCGGGACUGGGACACCCUUUGGCCUCUCUGUUCGUCCUCUUUCCAGUCCUCCACCCACCCCUGAAACCCAGUUUGGGAGCGCAGAACGCAAGAAGCGACCAGAACGAAUCUCCGGCGGACGCGCGACAUUUGUGCAUCACCAGGGACCGCCGCGCCCACUCGGCACGGGAGCAGGGACAGCGCUAGAUUCGUGUACAAAACCUGUGUACCCCUCUAUAUAUAUGUUACAUAGAAUGUAUAUAUGUUGGGAACAUGCUCGCUUCUCCCGUGUGUCGCCGCCGUGCGUCGUGCGCCUGCAACAGAGCCCCAACCGGGCUUUUGCCGGGUGUGGGCUACGGCGAUGCCCCUUGCCCACGCAGCCACCACCGGCCCGGGCCAGUCCCUGCCAGUCCGUCCGCCUGUCCGUCUGUGUCCUCAGCUCUGUCCGCGCUUCGAUAGGCCUGACGCAGCCCCCAGCUCAGGGCUGCCCUAGCAACUUUCUGUACAUAUGACUGUAAAAUGGUUAACGUGUGUAUUAUAUCUGGCCUCGUUAUAUAGUGUAUAUAUAUGUAUACAUAUACAUAUAUAUAAUAUAUAUGAAGACUGUAAAUGUUAAGACGACUAGUGUUCUUAUUAGUAUAUUGCUUCACACUGAAGAUUGUGUGUAUCGAGCUGUUUCUAAAAGAUGUUUAUUUUCCUUAAGAGUAAAAAACAGUCAUUGCAUUCAGAAAAAAAAAGUCAAUAAAGAUACAACGAUUGUUUUGGAAAA